AUGGACGGCUCACACUUGCCCUUCGACGCCCACAUGGGCGCGGCGUCUUCUUCGGCGGCCGGCAUGGCUUCCCUCUCGCUCGACUUUGACGCAUUCAUGGCCGCUGAUCACUCCGCCUCACACGGGCUUGGGCCUUUCGAGCCUUGCGUCCACGACGACGCGUGCCUGGACAACCACCACCAUUUUCGUCAGCCGAAAGCUAGCAACAAGCUCAACAGCAGUUUCGCCCAGCCGUAUCAAGCCGGCGUGCCCGUGUCGGCUGGCAGAGGCCACGGCCAGUCUGCGCAGCAACGCAUUCCGGCAACAGCACCCACCUCCCCUACUCUGGACAAUGGCCAGCCCUACACCUGGGAAAGCCUCUUCAACGACCAUGCCCUGGACAACGCUGCCUUGCACACCGAGAACUUUGGCUUUUGUCAGGAUGACGACUGUGCCUCUGAAUGCAGCUCCGCGUGUGAUGGGAGCUGUCCCAGCCAAUGCGGGGAUACCGGCCAUGGCAUCUGCUGUGACGACGAUGCCUGUGGCAGCCCCAAUUUGUGUCUUGACGAGGCAUGUCAAGGUGCCAGCCACCCUUGCAACGACGAGAGUUGUCUAGCCGACAAUGCCAGCGAGGCACCCUCCAAACCAAACCCUGCCAUGACGGACGGCGACAAGGCUGCCGCCGCUGCCCUGGCUUCCUUCGGUGAUGGUCAGCUUCAGAUGAUGCAGGACGCUCAAGCUGGCUUCAUGCAAGCCUCGCCCACCGCGCCACCACCGACUCGGGACGGGCAGAUGUCCUUCAUGAACCUUCCCCAAACCCUGCCGUGCGGGAGUCUCUCGCUGGACUCCAUGUAUCCAAGCACGUCGCCUGGCUUCUCACACCAGCAGUUCCAAAUGGCUUUCGAGUAUGCUCUUGCGAACCAUAUCAUGCAGUAUCACGACCCGUCACGCGGCAUGGCUCAUGCUGGUAACUGCCUGGCAAACGACCCGGGCCAGUUCAUCUCCAAAUGCACACUGCCAAAGUUCAGCGCCAACGACAACGUCACCGACCCAUACCUCUCACAGCUUCAGGGCGGACAUGAAUGUGGUUUUCAGGUCCAAGACCCGAACGCGUUUGCACAUCACAUCUUUGAAGAGCACAGGCCUGCACUCAUGCUCCAUGCUCAACAUUUUCGACAACCUGGAGUACCACAGUCUAACAUCCAUGUCCAUCACGGUGUUUCCCAUCAUCAUGGGUCGCACACUGGGUCUCAUAUGGGCAGUCAAAUGAUCCAAGGAAAGAACUUCUCACCCUCGCCAUCGCCACUGGCGGCCUUGUCCAUGGGCCCGUCUCUCUCAACGACGCCAUCGUCGUCUCUCGCAACCCCUUCGCCUCUUGAAUCGGAGACUGGCUUCACUGAACCGAGCUCUAGCGCCAGGUCUAAGAGCCCUCACGCUGAGUCGAAACCACACAUCCUCACAGAGGAGGACCAGUUCAGGUGUCGAUGGGUUAUGGGCGAUGGCAGCGGCAUCUGUGGCCAUCGCUUCGACAAUGACGAAGAACUGCAAAAGCACUGCAAGCUGGAUCAUCUCAAGCCGCUAAAGAAAGUCCGUGGUGGCUUCCGGUGCGGCUGGGAAGGCUGCACGCGAGACACGUGUUUCACUCAGAGGAGCAAGGUGGAGCGUCACAUGCAGGUGCACACUGGAUACAAACCGGUUCAGUGCACCAUAUGCGGUGCAGCAUUGUCUGCAAAGCAAGCCCUUGAUCAACAUAUGAGAAUACACACGGGCGAGACGCCGUGGGUGUGCAAGUAUCCCGGCUGCGGUUGUGCUUUUAAGCAGCAAAGCGCCCUCACCAUGCAUGAGCGGACACACACGGGCGACAAGCCUUUGGAAUGUGAAAUUUGCGGCAAGAGGUUUAGCGAAUCCUCCAAUCUGUCCAAGCAUCGCCGCACCCACAAUGUCAAGGGCAUGCAUGAGUGCCAGCUCUGUGGCAAGGACUUCCACAGACUGGACCAGCUACGUCGACACAUGGGCACGAACCACAAGGAUAGACCAGCCGAAGUGGAUGCUCUCCUGAGCAAGGCCAAGAGCAAAAUGCAAGCUCAAAAAGUGUCCAAGGCGGCGCGGAAAAACAAGGGCAAGGGGGACGCGGACGGCCUGAGCGCCGAUGCCCUCGAAUUGAUCGAGGAUCAUCUGGAGAGCGUUGUUAUCGCUCAAGAUUCAUUAUGA